AGUUUUGGACAAAAUGGCCGGAAUAAAGCGUCAACCCGCUGGCUCAACGGGUUCUCAAAAAUUCAGUGAUCCACGAAAAAUGCGAGGACAAGGUAAAAAGCAGCUACCUGCCCCUACACAUGUUGGACAUUUUGUCAUGAUAGUUAUCAUGACGAUUUGCAAAAAAAUACUGUUGGCCGAUACCGCUGUAAAAAUCGGCGUCUACUUGAUUGGGGUGAUGGCUGGCUCAAUUUUGGCGGAUGUCGUGGCAUUGCAAAGAUCGUAUUUCUCCGAUUCACAAAAUAUAUUCAACCAAUUCUUCGUGAAAUUAGGAUGGGGAUGGACGCUGACAUCACUCUCAGUAUUCACAGGUAUGACUAGCUUCGUAUACACUUUGGGUAAAUGGCCGCAGGUCAAAUUACAUUUCCUUCGACUUGGUCUAGCAACGUUUUGGUGGUAUGCGGUGACGUCAGUUUUCAAUUACGUGGAGUCUGUUGUAGGGAUUUGUACAGAACCUACUUAUCCCACAAGAUUUUCUUGUAAUAAGGCUGGACAGUCCUGGCUGGGCUUUGAUAUAUCUGGACAUGUGUUCCUGUUGAUUCACAAUUUAUUGACAAUAUCUGAAGAAGUGAAGUUUUUCAAAGAUUGGUCAAAGUUAGAGAACAUUCUCGAAGAGGAAAAUCUUGCAAGCCAGAAAGAUGUAAAGGAGAGUGACAUACGGACCACCAAACAAGCAUAUAAGGAACUGACUCCGUACAUAAAAAUAAAUGUUAUGAUUCUUGCUGCCCUUACUGUGUUAUGGGAAUUCAUGCUCAUAAUCAGCACUAUUUACCGGUUUCACACACUUUCUCAAAAAGUAUCAGCAGCUUUUAUUGCAGUGGGAUGCUGGUUUAUCAGCUAUAGAAUGGUUAUACCCUCAAAUUGUGGUAUUGUACAUUCUGGAUCUAGUCCCUUAAGAUUCACCAAGUGUAACUAAAACUAUUUAUCUCCACUACUGUAUAAACCUACAGGAUUUGUAUUUGAAUUGAAUGCAUCCGCAUAAAAUCCAUGACAUGUGUUCUUUGUGGCAUAUUCACCCUGUCCUACAGAAGUGUAUAUGUACUGCAUUCAAGAAUUCCACACACUGCAGUAUAUAACUUAUCAAGGGUUCUAUUAGGAUAUAAAUAUCAUAUCAUUUUUGAACUAUUAUAACAAUGAUAUGAUUUUGUUCAAACUUACAUGUAAUUUUGUUUUGUGUUUUUUUAGGUGUUUUAAUUCCUGUUUUGAUCUUUGUAAAUUUUUGUUGCAUUUCUGAUUUUGCCUUUAGACUUUAUUGUAUCACUUAUUGAAACACAUGUCAUCAUGGAGAUACCAUAUUUACUUCACUUUAUAUUUUGUCUUAAUCUUAUGUGAUGAUUUCACUUAGUCAUAGUAAAAUGACAAUCGCUCGCCACGAUUCAAACUGUCAAAUGUGUGCUAAUCCAUGGUGCAUUGUUUGUUAACUUUUCCCUUUGAAACCUUGCUCCUCCUGAACAACUGAUCAGUAUAUAUAUAUUCAACCAAAUUCCAUUUGUAUACUUAUGUCCAGAGAACUAAAUGUAUACAGGAAUGGUGUACAUGGUGGCUCUUCUGGGGCCAAAGGGCUCAGCAGUGUUAAUUGGUGGUUUCAGGCAUCAAUAGACUAUCUCUUCAGAAGAGCUUGAUGAAUGUAAACCAAAUUUGUCAGUUAACAUCAGUAUGUGUAGUUCAAAAAAGUAAAAUUUUGUAAAAAAAAUAAAUACUUUAACCCCUUGGGGAAAAAAAGUAAAGGGCAUGGUCAACAGAGGGCCAAAAUUUGGCAAUUAAAAGUCACUCCUGAAGGACUGCACAGAUUAUAGUUAUGUAGCAUAUUCAGUCAGUAACAUUUCUGGAGGGUUGUGAUCAUGUGUUGUAUCAUUGAAGAUCGUGCCAGAAGUUUGACUGUGACAAAAUUAACAACUUUUGUAUAAUUAUAGAUAAUGCACUCUCUGGGGCCAAAGUCUGAAAUAGGUGCAAAGGGGAAUAGAGAUUCACUCAGAGAUUUUGACUUUGUCCCUGAACCAUAGAGUAUGGAAAAUGUAGAGAUCCCCAACCCAUUCCUAUACAAAUGUAUAUACAUCAAUUGGUUGGCAUGAAGAGACCAACAUAUCCGGUAAUCCUAAUACCAGGAUUGCGCUAGAGUCCAGCCUGACCCCUAAAGACUUGUCUUUGAGCCAUAUUUGACAUCGACACAGUUAAGACCCCACACUCAUAAACAACUGUUAUGCUUCAAGAAAUAAAUACAAUCAUACUACUAGAAUUUGUCCCAAGACUUGUCUCGCCCUUGAGGACUAAAUACAUUAGUCAUAAUUACAAGACAGUUGAGUUUCCCAGCCAUAACUUUGUAAACAAUAAUCAGUAUGAAGUAAUAAAUACAAUUAUGCUAAAUAGGAUUUGGCUAAAUAUAGCUAGGGGAUUGAUCUUUUCCCCUGGGUUAUAACAUGAAAACAAUUAAAUUAAGACUCCUGCCCAUUUACCAUGUUCAAAAUGGCUCGGCAUGAAGAAAUAUAUGCUAGCAUGAAUCAAAUGCCACUAGAGUCUUGCCUUCUCCUUGUUAAUUGUUCUCAGCUUAUAUUUCUUGUACAAAUAUGGUAUAUGCAACGUUAAAAACAAAGAAAUACAGCUAGUAAGCUAUGAAAGCCUGUGUGCCUCUUGUUUGGUUUUAUUCAUUAGAAUUCACCUUUUUCCAAACAAUCCUUGCCAAUUAUGUAGUCUUUUAAUACCCUCAACUAUUGUUACUGAAACUGAACGUUUUUCACAACAUUAGUGAUAAGGAAAUCAAAUAUUUUUUAUGAGAAUACUAUAUAUAUAUAGCUACUAGUCAUUUGCUUGAUUCAAAUUAGCAAAACAACCCAAAUAACCAUUCAAUUUCUAAAUACUCUUUGGAUAUGAUUUUGGUCCAGCAUAUGCAUGCUGGGUUUUUUAACUCAUUCACCCCUGAAGACACAUUUGAACUCUUCCAAUUCAAAGGUUGGAAUAGUCAAUUAUGAAAUUUCAGGGGUGAAUGAGUUAAAGGAAGCACUGCAGCAUUAACCAUUGUACUAUGUCAAAUUAUGUUUUAGUCAUGUUCCUACUCUUGUGUUCCCUAGAAAGUUGUAUUUGCUCAGCUGAGGAGUGGUUGGUCUGUCGAAGCUUAUUAUGACAACUAUUAAUGUAUUUGUGAAUUAUGUUUGUUGAGAAUCAUUAUAUGUACAUGUAAGGCACACUGAUAUUUAUUUACUACAUCUUAGUUGUUUAUUUAUGAAAAAAUACAGAGAUUUAAUGUAGAAUAUUUUGAAUAUCCUACGUGUAAUUUGAUCAUAUUAUAGUGCUUUUUUUUCAACAACUGUAAAAUAUCAAUGUGUUCUUAAGGAUUAUGAUGUAUGAAGGUUUCAGAUCCUUAUGGUAUAUAGCCUUUGAUAUUUCUGUAUUUUAUUAAAGUAAUUUAAAUAUCUGUAAACAAAUUUUCUAUUUAUUUUUUUGUCAGUUACUAUUUUACAUUAGCUGUGCUGUAUUGUCCUAAUCAUACAUACAUUAUCCAACUGGUAAGUUUCUUUAAAGUUAUAAUUUUUACCUUUAUUGGUACAUAAAUUUGUGUAAGUCAGAUUUAAUAAGAACAUAUAUAAUAGCUCACUGGCUAGUCCUGAUCAUCAUUUUCAGAAUUUUGAUGAGACCCAUUACUAAAAUACAUGGGUCCUGAUAAAAAGUUGAUGAUUCCCAAAGGAAAACCACACAAGUCUAGAACUUGAAAUGUCUUGAGUUGUUCCGAAAUUAAUUAUGUAUACAGGAUUUCAUUGAAAACCAUGAAAAAAGUUAGGACUGGGACAAUACCUGUGUGUGUCACUAGACCUACAAUGCUUAAAUGAAAUGUUCAUUACUUCUCACAUAUCUGAAGAAAUAAAAUCAUAUAACCUUUCAAACUCCGACUACCAGAACUGACACUGGGUAAGAGUUUUUUUACAACAGGGGAUGUCAUAUCUCACCAGAUGCUUGAAUUAGAAACAUGGAAUUGAUUCUUAGACAAAGAUUAUGUGUUAUAGUACUAAGUACAUCAGAAAGAUAUUGUGAUUUGCAGUGUAGCUUUCCAGCCCCAUAUAUAGGAAAAAGAUAAUCUUGUCAGUAGCUGUUCCUCUCUUUACAAAGAUUUUUUUACCAGUUAGUUAUAUAUAUAUACAUGUAGUUGGAUACUGGCAUCCAUAUUGGAUCCAUGUCCUUGGUUUGAGAUCUGACAUCCGGUUUUCCAUUUACUAAAGAACAGCAAUCUGUGCCCAGUUUUCUGUACAUCUUGAAACUACUUAAGGUUAUAAUCUGUGCAAUAACGUGACAUUUAUUAUAGGUAUAUUUAUGAAGGCAGAUCUGCUUGAUGCAUCUAUACAUAUACAAGUUUUGAUCUGGUGACAAAUAGUUCUACUUUUCAUGUAAAAUUGGUGUUAAUUUGAUUGUUUUGUAAAAUAUAAAGAGGAAAUUUUCAGCAAGAACUUGUUCUGACUUCUUAAAAAUCUCGUUUUUGGAUAGUCCUACAUAUACCCACAUUUAAAUUUUUCAUAGUUUUUGCCAGAAGGUUUCCAUAUAAAUAGGUUCAGAAUACUUUGGUAUUUGGUGUACAUGUGUUUUUCAAAGAAAUAUUUUUAGUUGAGCUGGAAAAAGAAAUAUAGAUGAUUUAAAUGCGAUGAAAAGACCUCUUAAUAUAAUCAUAUGGUUGAUUUAAACAGAAAAAAGUACCUUAACAUUUUUAAUAUAGAUAUUAGUGAGUUAUAAAACAGUUGUGAUAUUUCUAAUUUUGUUGAUAAUUGUAUGAUAGGUUAACACUAGAUAUUGAUGAACCUCUAGUAUUUUCCUUUCUACUAUAAGUAGAACAGAAAUGUAACGGUGUAAAAUGUUGUGUGCAUGAAGUUAAGUAAUCUGGAGUAAUAAGCAUGCUAUGUUACAAAGGACACACCUGUCUGACAAUCAAAUCAAUCAAACCAUUUAACCCUUUCACCCCUGUGCAACUUUAGAAGACUCUACCCUGCAUUGAUCUGGAUGAGUCCAUAAUGGUCUACAGUGGUGAAAGGGUUAACCAAUAUUUAAGAAAAUACUAAAUCAGGUAUGUGUUUGUCAAUAAAUAUGUAUAAUCACAUAUACAAAGAUUCUAGUGUUGUGCUGUAAAAGGUGGCUUUUAACCUGUUGGUGCUGUGUUUCUGAAGAUGCCAGUUGUUUGUGAUGGUGUCAGUUUUAUAUAUCCUGUAUUCAUGUCAUUUAUACACUGUAUACACAGGUAGUAUAUAUAUCAUUCGGAAUUUUGUUUGUUACUUAACUUACACUUAUUUAAUUUGCACUUAUGAUAAACUGAAAACAAGAUUUUUUGUCACAUUUUAUAUACUUGUAUGAAUGAAGACACUCUUGGAGUUGGCAUGAAAUGAAAAGUAAUGAAAUCUGAAUGGCUAUAUUGAUAUUGUAUAUAUACUGUAUAUAGUAUCCAUUAUAAAAUCUUAAAAAGACAAAUGAAUGUUAAAUAUGUUCAGAAUAGGAAGUGUUUUGGAUAGAGAGCGGAGUCGGUAACAUGGUUAUAACAAACUUUAAUAAUAAUAAUAAUUGAAUAUUUUAGAAAUAUUUUUGAGUGAUAAGACAUGUAUAGACAAAAUUCAUUAUAGUCAAGUUAAUGAGAGACACCUUUUCCAGGGUACACAUACAUGUACAGUAGGGUGCUUGAGGUACACACAGUAGGGAGGCUUGAGGUAAACAUGUUAUACUGUAUAAGGUAUUUAUCUGCAUUAUGUAUACCAUGUAUACUAUGAUAUCUACGUUUAUACUUAUUUUUACCCGUUUAUAAACUGUGAAUUUAAUCAUAAUACUUAAACGAUCAAUACAUACAUGCAACUUCUUAAUGAAUUAAUGCUCAAAACCAAAGAAUGUUUUUCAUUUAUUGCAUGACUAUAUAUAUAUAUGAGUAGAUGUGUAGAAGUGUACCACUAUUUUACCCCGUAGUGACAGUGAUAUCCCAGUCUUUCUCUCCGUCCCGAUUAGGGGAAUUAGUUAUUAGUUGGAAUGUUUUAUCAGAACAAAAUCAAUAAAAAGAAUGAAGAAAU